AUGAACCACUUUUGUUCCCCUCUAAUGCCAUCUUCUGAAUUCGUAAGUCGUGUGGAGUCUCUGUUGGCGAGUGGAAAUCUGCCCGAGGCAGAGGCACUUAUCGUCGCCGUGUUGAACCAGAUCCGGGAAAAUAUAAUAUCAACACCUUCUGUAGGGACAAGUGGAAGUCUGGGGUUACCUCGUCCAUCAGGACACGCUCACUCUUCAUCUCGUCUGCCACCGGCCUACUCGCUUGGUUUGUUGGUCAUAGCUAAGCACCAGAACGCUCCUGGUGUGUUCUCAAGGUCAUACUUGGAAGACAGUUUGUCUGACCGUGUUUGGGUUGAUCUUGACGAGUGCAAGGCUUUUGUACUCAAUCUCGAAACUGCGUUUCCCCCUGUGGUUGGCGACCCCCGCAGUCUCUUUGCUGUCCUCUGUAGCAGUAGCCAGCUCUCUGCAGGCGUACAAGCCGCCCUCGGUCUCACCACGACCGGUACUAGUCUUCACCAGCCGACGUCGGUCGAGUUACCUCAAAAUACCGAGUCUACGGUCGCCACUGAUUUAACUGAUGCCGUCUCGGCGGCUCUGCAGGCGGCUCACCUUUUGCACCCAGCAAAGAUUAUACAUGGAGGUGAUCCAUCUCGAAUGGUCUCGAACAGAUUUGAGUCUGGUCGGGCUGCAGUGGAUGUGAUUAUCCUUAAUACUCUUCGCGAAGCCCUUUCACGUCGAGGAACGGUCUCAACUAACCUGGGACUUUCUGCGACUCCAGCAGAGACAAGCUCAGGAAGUGGCGCCAGUGGCGUUUCACUCCCCUCCACCGGCGAGGUCGUGUACACUCGCUGUUUAAUCCGCACACUGGCAAUGACUUCUGGUCUCGCCGAAGUGCGGUCACUAAGCGCACAACGCUUGGAACCAUGGCUCACUAAUCCGAAGCUGCAAAUCAUGGCCUCUGGCUUGCUUACUAUAUUGGCUCUCAAUUGUAAACAAGGAAUGGCCUCUCCAUUUGACAUCGACGUCAUGAUCACUCUGAUAUUUCGUAUUCGUUUGAAGCUGCUCAAGGUCAACAUUCAGUCAUCAGUACUAGAGAGCGUUUGUCGCCUGGUCUGCUCAAAUCCAAGUAACUUGUCGUCUUUGAUCAAAUUGUGCUUGGCGAGUGAGCUUCCAACAAUAUCGGCCAUUAGUGAGUCCUACGAACAGGCCGCCAAGCAUGCGGAAAAACAGCCGCAGCCUCAAUUGCCAAGCCUAGCAGCGCACUCCUCCGUCGCUCCAUCACCUAUCAGUUCACCUUCAGCAAAGUGUUUGGCCGCGACUGUUAGAUCAAUGUGUUCCCAAUCGGGUGAGCACGCUAAUGACCCGUCCUUGUCUUCAAAUACGCACUCGAAUCUCAUAUCCGCGAACGCCAAUUUGGUCGCUGUCGGAGCAGCUGAGGCCGUCGCCAAAGGCCACACAGCCGUGCCCUUUAUCCUGCCCAAACUGUAUCAAAGAUUUCCUGUUCAGUGGGCCAAGGUUAGAAGCACUCCUCCUGAUAAUCUACAAGUUAUUCACGAUAGGAUAAUCGAGGCCGUCACUUGCGCUGGCGCCAUGUUACCAGUGGUUGCUGGAGGUCUCCCAGCUCAUCCCACAGACUCCCAACUAGUUGCGCAUAUCGUGCGUCUCUUUGCUCCAACGCGUCAGCUGCUUCGUGAGCUCUCGAAGUGGAUGAAAAUGACUGCCUCAGCCCCACAAUCACCUCCUGAUUUCCUCCCUUGUUCUGAGCUUGGAUUCGGACUGCUUCUGCUGGACCGCAGUUCUUAUCCAGCCUUCCCUGAGUCGGCUGCUUCGGUCGCUCAACGACUUCUUAGCUCAUGUGGCAGUCAGAACUUUGGUCCCUUCACCAUACUGAAGUAUAUUUACGCAGUGGUUCACGUAAUUUGUCAGCUACAGUUACUAUCAGUGACGCGACCCAAUCUCUGCGAUGCACCUGCUGCUCGAAAGAAGCUUGUCGGAAGCUCGGACGCUGUGAAGCAGCAUCAGGCUUGCGUGCGCCAAUUGCGCCUCAACUUCCUUCGCUGGUUCAAGUCAUUUGUACCGCAUCUCAUCUCAUCGGCGGCCUCGCACUUCCCUGCAAAUGCACCGCGUGACGCCUUCGCAGACAUUUCCCUUUUGUUACGUCGUGCUUUCUUCCUUGAGGUGGCCGCACCCUUUGAUGAUAGUGUUAGUAGCGGUAACUUCUCAGCUUUCUACGCCGCUGAAGAGCUCUGGCCCGCGGAGCAGAAUCAGAGACCCUUUAUCUGUCACUUAACUUAUGUGAACCUCCCGGAAAAGUUAGCUAUCCAUGUUCUUCGCUAUGGCUUGGAAUCUCAGUGGGGCCUUGUCAGUCCGUCUGACGUAGCUGACAUUGUUUGUGAAUUGAUUUGGCGCUCCACAGCACUCUCCAUUGACAACGGAUAUGAGUCGUCGAAUUUCACGAAACUUGAGGAUAUGAUAGAUCUUCUCUAUGCCUGCUGUGCCUAUUGCACUGACCGCGAAGUUCCAAGUGAAUUGACGGAAUUGGGGUUCAAGGAGUCGUACUGGAAGGUCUCUCUUGCACUUGUUGCUCUGGCGGCUCAUUCUCCGAAAACAUGUGGCGCACAUCUCUGGAUUAACUACCCAACUGUUCGGAUGUUAAUGGAGAUGGUGAUUACGAAUAACUUCACCUACCCCCCUUUGAAUGCCGCUGUGGACACAACAUCAGUGGAGUCUGAGCGCCUUAACAAAGAACUGGAGACUCAAAUGAUUUUACGACUAGAGUCAUAUCUUUCUGGACCAUCAGCUGAAGUUAAGCGCAGUUCUGAUGAGGAGCUCAAAACAGGAGACAUAAUGAAACGGGAAAAGGUUGAGGUAGUCGAUCACCAGUUACCCAUAAUAACUCCAACGGAGUCGAAGAUGAUUGGCCAAUUGGUACGAAACAACCCUCGAGGUGCUUGUAGGUGCCCUCCAGAUGAUCAGAUCGCAACUCUAAAGCGUCUUUGUGAACAACUUGGACUUCGCCGACGUUUAUGCUCGUGCAGGCAACCCGAUCUACUACUGGAAUUAAUCUCCUCUCAAGGUAAUAAGUCUUCCUCCUGUGUUUGUUCAGGCCUUCCCCAACCCUGGGUCAUUCAACUCGUUGAGUCGAUGUGGCAGAAUAUUGAUACCCUGCCACUUCAGUGCUUGGCAGAGUACCUACUUUACUCGAGCAUCCAGCGUGUCCAGGUUGCCGAUGAGAAGGCCUUUACUAGUGGCCUGUCAGUCGAUACACCCUUCUCUGUGGUUUCACGAAGGUCCAGGAAACAGAGCACCUCCUCCACCGAUGCUAACCACGAAAUAACGAUCGAUCUCGAAAAUGUUGGCCCUGAAGGUCCUGUACCACCACGUCGUGUGCGCCUGGAUAGUUCAGCUAGCGUCACUCAUGCUCCUGAGAAGUCGUCGUCAGGAGCCGGUCAGACUGAUUUCAAUCGCCGUCGUCUGCACAGUCGCAUUUUGGAGCGCUUAAGAGGGCAGGCCCGAGGUCCACCAGCUGCUGCCACCGUCACAGCCACCUCGUCCCCGGCGCCAGUGACCGGGACCGAGUCACAGGACUCGGUUUUGCAUCAUCAGCUGGUCGACAACGUAGCCAAGGCGAUGCUUCAGUCCUUUGCCUUUCGUCUUAAGGAUUCGUCCUCUCUAGUUAGACGUGCUGCUCGCUUCUGCUUAACAUUCCUGGCAGUUGAGGAUGUUGCUUCGACCAGCAUAAAGCAGCCUGCGCCAGGUCAGUUGACGCAGCCCGUGGAAGAACUGCUCUCUGUACUGCAGUCCCUUGUUAGCCUUCCGGGCCUCUCUGUUGCUGUUGAUAAGCAGCAGAUGCAGCCCCUGGACCCUGGUGACCCAGCCUCCAUCGACUUUCUAGACCUCGUUUUGGAGGCUAUUCUGGUCGAGGAUGACAUCGCUUCCCUCAUAGCCUACAUAAUUUUCUUGGGACAACUAACAGAGAACUCUCUUGUGGCCUGGCGCCCAUCUAUUGGCUGUCUCAGUCAACUUAUUUUGAACCGGAAGGCUCUUGUACAGUGUCUCUUUUCAUUGACUGAUUUGAUGGACAUCCAGCCGCCAAUGCCCCCUCACCAAAGCAAUUCAUCACACCGCGACGACCAGGAAGCAAACAUACGAAAAAGCGCAGGUUUCAUCGUUUUAGAGAACAUUUCUCGUAUCCUGGCUCUCGACGUAGAUUAUUACUGUACUUCAGCUAAUGUCAUUCCUGUGAACGAGAAAAACAGUGUUUUUGUAGCCUGGUCACCAAGCCGUCAGUGUCCAAUGGAACUGGAAGUUAUCGAAUCUCAUCUUGUCCUGCUAUCGCGUAUCCCUAAGCGUUUCACUGGAGGAAGCUGCAGUUCUUGGUGGGGCCACCUUCUUGAUAUUUGGUUCGUUUAUAAUGCAGAUGGAGUAGCAACUCUACCGGACAUGGUUUCCCUCACUUCCUCGUCUUCUGCUGAGCCUUUGCACACAAAACGUGGGCUCGUCAGUCUAACGGUUGACAACAAACUUUCAUUGUCUGCUGAAUUGAAGGCUGCCUUUGUCACUAGCGGAUUGCCUCAGCUAAUCUCCACAGCGCUAUCAGACACACAUCCUGAUGAGUUACUCCAGAUUAUUUGUACCAUUCCACCGAUGCUUCUUGACGCCAAUAUUGCUACGCGUCUUGUUGACUUGGCCAACGAACUGCAUGUGAUACCCUCAACACCAAAACAGACCAUUUUGGUGGAAGCUCUCAGAAAACGUGCCAGACAGCAGAUGGCCAGCGGAGAGAGUAAUAGUCCCGUGCUAGCCACUUCGCGGGUGUUUGCAAAUCCACACAUAUCGCCACCAGUGCUCACCCCGAAGAAGCGCGUCCUUUCUCCCCUUCCUUCACCACACUCCAGACAACCGGUGCCUGCAUCCAAUGAACCCGAAGCAGACUCUACGUCGGUCGCCCUCGAUACGCAAGAACCUCCGAGUGGCUCCAGGAACCUGUGGAGAGUCCUCCUGUCGAGAUUAGUGGAAGUCGGGGAUAACUUUGCCCAGCUGUCUGACCUCUUCUGCUGCACACUGGCUCGAAUCAAGAACUCUCCCGCCACUAGAAAUAAAUGGAUGCAGGAUCUCACUAAUGAGCUCCAAUCACCGCUUUUGUCUCCAAAACGUGGAAAAACAGGUUCGUCUGCGGUAACUCUGGUAGACCUUUUCGAUGGCCUCCCGAAGAACUCUGCAGUGAACUACGCUUUAACUCUUGUCCGUUCAUGUCUAACUCCUGGCAUUUCUUCAUCUGAUGCGAAGCUAGCUGGUCGUUAUCAGAAGUCUAUGGAACUCUGCAUUGGUCAGUUCGAACAAAAGGGCUUCAGCAGUCCCCUGAUGGAACUCCUUCUACUAAGGCCACUAAAAUUGCUCACAACCAAGAAACCUGCUGAACGAAUCGCUAAGUCCAAUGAGCCGUUGGAAUCUGGCGUCUUGCUGUUGAUCGCUGAUCAGCUCCAAAUGAGGCAGUUGAUGUUAAGUUGUGCUGUGAUGGCACAACUUAAAACGUUGCUAAUAAUUAACUUCUACGACCGGAAACGCCGCAUAAUUUCAUUUUUAUAUUCUUCAUUUAAUCCUGAAACGUUUUCCAGUUCUUUAGAGCACCAGAUGGAGUCAUUGAGUGUUUUUGGUGCGUCCUCUGCUCUCUCCCCAUCGACAAAAGCUCGUGCCCUGCUUGGUGUAUCAGGUUCACAUUCCGUCUCAGUUGAUCCCCCCACUCACCACCUUUGGACAGUGAUGCGAUAUUUGAUCUUCGAAAAUACCGCGGAAAUUAAUAAAAAGAAGUACUGUUUACUUGAAGAAUUAGUUCACAACAACAGCGCGUCUAUUCUGCGCGUCUGUCUCCAUAACGUGUUACAGGAGGAUGUCAAUGCCGUCAGCUCAUCUCUCGUCUUGGAUUUUGUUACAUGUGUUCUAAAUUUGCCCGCAUUUUCAUCCCCCGUCCCCUUGGCUGAACCUCACAUGAGGCCCGAUCCUGGCUCCGCCUACACUCUUUUUCACCGUCUCAUGGACCCAAUCGAGGGAAUGCGCCUGAUUGCCCACGUUCACAUCGAAGCCUCAGGCGUUUCUGACCUUCGUCGUGAUCAGACGAUUGCUGGUCGUGCCCCGCUGAUCGACUUGGCUCUUCAAUGCUAUCUUCAACCAUGUCUACAUUUCGUGGAGUACUUGGCUGGCUUCCUGGAUACUCUUGAAUUACUGCCUUCAGAUUUGGCUCAACCUGCACUGAAGGAGGAGGGAAACCAAACGGUGGCUCGAAGGCUUCUCUUGUGUCUUUACCUUCGAAGACCGGGUUUGAUUGGUUCCCUCAAAAGCCACAAUUCACGCAAAUUCCUAAGAAAACCGGUCUCAUCUGGGGAAAUCCCUUCGUGUUUCGAAUACAAGGAAGUUAGCCUUCUCGGUCCUUCUUUUUUAAUCGGCCUCUCAGGCAGUUCUGACGUCGUUCGCGAGACAUCUCUUCUCUCCAGCCUAGCACUGGCUGUCCACCACCCACGCCUAUGUCUUCGCCUUCUGCCCUUAAUUUCCUGUCUUUCUCAAGGUCGUUUGGACACGUCUUUGGCCGUCGGUAGUUCCUCUUCAACUGGUAACCUCUCAUGGGGCAAAUUUGUCGCUCGACACCAUAUCGAUUUUUACACCGGCCUUUUACAGUUUAUGGAGGUGCUUGCCUUCACUAAGGACCAGGAAGGUACUGGUGGCGUGCUCUUCUGUGCAGAGGCCGAAAUGUACAUGGCCAGUGUCGAUGGCGUUUUAUCGAGCCUGAUCCACGUUGCUGCCUCCUAUCCAAAUCACGUAACCAAAAUGGCCGGUGGUUUUGGGAACCGUCUUUCUCGCCUGCUUCAAUCAUAUGCGAGGCACGCCAGCUGGGCUCACAGCGAGAACGGGCUUUUCGGUGCUGAUCGUGGAGGCGUUGGAAGGGACGGGAAAGCGCGCGGCGAGGGCAACCGCACCCGACUGGAGAUGUUGCGACUCGCCAACCUCUUUCACGAACUUUCUUGUCUGGUACCCUUGAUGGCUAAUUAUUCGGUGCCGUCUGGCAGACAGACUUUCUUGCCACUCCCACUUACUCCUCCGAAAACCCCAAAACACUGCAACGCCGCGGUGCUGAAACCUUUUAUCCAGCGUCUCAGGCAUUCAGCUAAUUUCGUCGAGGUUUACACUAUUCUUUCUGACCUUGACGCACUGACAGAGCGAAAAACAGAGGCUCUCGUUUACUUCCAGGCGGAACUUGAGCACCUAGUCACGUGCCCUCAGCCGGAGUGGCAAAGAGGCGUCACUGUCGACGAGAAACCCAAAACUUCUCCGUCGCUCUUCCCUCUCCUGUUCAAACUCCUCUUCCGUCUACUUCGUCACAGUCCGGAGAAGGCAGGUGAUAGCCUCUUGAGCUUCUUUCUACCGUGUCUUUCAGGUCGUGGCACCAAGACAGACGUGUCGGCGGCUCUUGAUCACCUACCCGAGGCCUGUCUAUUGGCUCCGCAUCUCGCCCCGUGUUUGUUGCAUGCGGCAGCGUUCCUUGUGUGCACCAAAACGAACGCUAAUCGCUCCAGGAUCAUCAGUUCCGUUUCACAGGCCCUGGUGCGCAUGUCCCUCGAUGGAGUUAAUGCCGCGUGUAUUGAACACGCUGCUUCUGGGCUAUUGAACACAGCCACUGGACCCAAAUUUGCUGUUAAAUAA